AUGCCACGCACCCAGGCGCGCUCCAUUUUUGGCUUGUUUACGCCCAAGUCCAAAAAACCCGAGGCGCCGCCGCCCAAAGCGCCGGUGCUCGCGCCGGACAACUUAUUCCACAAGCUGUCCGAGUCGCCGAUCCCUGCGCUCCGUGCGCGUGGCGAGCGCAUCCGCACACUCGCGCCAUGCCCCGUGAGCAUGGCCAAGUAUGGGGAGCGGCGCCCUGUUCAUUUCGAGUGCCCUGACUGUGGAUGGCCGACGCACUGCUCGGAAGAGAUGUGGGCGCAGGAUACGGAACAUGCGCGCUACGUCCCGCGGCUCCGCGAAGCCAACGAAGACGAGCAUGAUUUGCGGAGUGGACGCGUGAUGACCGAGUUUGCGCUCCCGCGCGACCAGCCGCACGAAGAAGUGGUCAAUUUCUCUGGCUGGGACCAGCUGUUUUACACACGCAACUUUCCCUCGAUCAAUACGGAGCGCAGCAAGCGUCAUGUGAGCAAGCUGCUUACGUUUCCCAUGACGAUUGCGUCUGCCUUGCACGAAAACAGCCCGUACACGCGCCGAAGCACGCGUCUUACCCACGAAGGACUGCGCAGCGUGACGCCACUUCGCCAGACACUGCAGCCAGAACUGGGAGCGCGCCCGAGCCUCGAUCCCGUGCGCAUCUUUGUCGUCGGCGCACGGGCAGAAGCGACGCUGCCGCCCGACGUGUGGAACCAGCUGGCGUACAUAUUCCCCAAAGUUCGUGUCGAGAUCUAUUUGAUUGGCCCCGAAGUCGCUAUCCCAGGCAAGACCGAGCCGAGUCCGUGGAACUUGUCCAUGUACCAGAACAGGGACACUUAUUUUGCAUGCCCUUCGCGCAGCAUUGCCGUCUCUGCCGGCGUUGGGCUCACUGCGCUGCAGACCACCUACGAAAAAAUACACACUUUCUUCGAGCCGUUCGAUCCGUACACUGACGUCUUUUUUGCCUUUUCGCCUGGCUUCGGAUUCCCCAGUCUCAUUGCCGUUGAGGAGCAGGCGCGUCUGCGCGACGAGCUGCGUGCGGACGAAAAGCGCAUGAAGGAGGCGCGCGACACGUUCUAUGCUAAGCAUGCGCCCAUUCCCGGUGCCGAGUCCGACACACACUAUACACCGACAGUCGUCGCAGCGAAUCCUGCAGGGGGCGAUACGCCGGCGGAUGAGCCGUCACCUGAGGUCGUCGCGAUGCGGCCCCCGAGCGACAAGUUCACCUCGCUCCAGACCGCGCCCGUCGUCCAGGCCCAGCGCGAAUGGGCACAGGCGCUUGGACAGAUCUUGUCCACGCGCUGCCCUCUGUUCAUCUCUGGUUUUUCGCCCGCAGACGUAGAGCGCGACGUGCUUGCUUUUGAGUCUGUAGAGGGCGUCAGCGGCGAGUUCGACUGGCUCCUCACUCCUGGGGAGAAUGCGUUUGCGAGCCAGCAGUGGGCAAUCGCGGAUUUUGAUACUCGCAUCGCCGUCAAGGCAAAUUGGGGUAUCUGGGGCGUGCGCGGAAAGCGCUACGACAUCCUCGGCCCCCAGUGGGACACUACAAAUAGCUGA